CGGGCGGCUGGGAGGCAUUGGCGGCAGCAGCAGCAGCAGCAGCUCUGGAGGCGGCCUCGCUGGGGCUUCAAGAAACUCACAUAAACACAUGAGAGAAGAUGACAAGAUCUAGAUCAAGAUCACCACGGUGGAAACCAAGGUCCUUAUCUCCAGCAUUUAGGAGUCCAGAGCACCAUAGGCAAAGGCAUGCUCAUAUUAGUUACGACUGUGAAUAUAAAAGCUUUCGUAAGGACCCAAAGAAGCCUAUGCCGUGGAGAAUAGAAGAUGAAAAAUACGGACAAAGCAAUUUCAGGUUUGCACCUCAUGGAAAUAACUACCAGAGAAUAUAUGAACGUAGAUCACCUUCACCAAGCCUAAAAAGAAUUCCCAUGGAAGAUACUUACAGUCAUAAACCCUACAGAACCCAUUCAUCUGAAAGAACUGAAAGCAGUAGGAGAUGCCAGUUACCACCAAAAUACUCAGAAAUACCAUAUAAAGAGCCUGAUCGUCCAUUUUACCAACACAAAAUGGAAGACAGAUACAUGUUUGAGCACUGCAAGCUCGCUGGAAAUGAAAAAGGAAUGAAACCUUUUCAUAGACCGUUAGGGACUUCUUGUAAACUUGAAAGAAAAUGGCACGAAGAUGACUUGAGGCACCAGAGGUUACACGAAGAGAAGUAUGGUCAGUCACCCAGAAGAGUUUCUGAUGAAUUUACGGCAAGGAGCCCUUUACAGAAGAGGUAUCCUGAAGAUCACGAUUACAGAGAAUAUGGGCACACGUCUAAAAGGGCUAAAGAAAUGGAGAGGUAUGACGGUGGAGAAGUAGCAAGAAAUUCCAUGUGGAAGCAAGAACGUUCUUUUCCACCCUACCAAGAAAAGGAGGAGCAGAGAAAUUUGAGUGCCCAGUCCCACCGAUCGGCUGAAAGGGAGUACUCGGAGGGUUCUGUCGCAAAGAUAGCCUAUGACUACAGUCACAAACGGCGAAGGCAUCUGGAUGGGGAAAAGCCUUUUUCAGACGAUAGAGCACAGAAGUAUGUGAAGCAGGAAGACCAGAAAUACAGUUCUUCUAAGGGUGCCUGGAAUAGCAAAGAGUUAGAUUACUUUAGCAGUGGAAGAGCGAGAUGGACUGAAGAAGGGCAUGGUGAAGCACCUGUUAAAUAUAGUUCAAAGAAGGGCUGCAACGCUUGCAUUAACUCUUCCAAAAUGGAUGUUGAUCUGAGAUCUUUUAAAAACAAACCGAAGGAAAGAGUAAGGAAAGAAGGGGAAUUCAGGAAAAAAGUAGAUUCCUCCAAUAUCCAGCAUGAUUCAAAUCAUACUGUUUCAGAUGUGAAAAUGUCAGAUGUCAACUCUAAGAGGGAACAUCUCACCAUCAAAGUGGAUAUGAAGAAAAUGGUGGCCAAGUACAGGAGUGCUUCUAGUCAUACUACAGAGAGACAGAUGUCCCAUGAUCUCGUUGCUGCUGGCAGGAAAACUGAAAAUUUUCAUCCGGUGUUUGAGCACAUGGAAUCUGUUAUACAGAAUGUUGAAAAUGACCCAUCAAGAGAAUUUACUCAGGAAAUAAUCACAAUUAUCCAUCAAGUUAAAGCAAAUUAUUUUACAUCUCCUGACAUAACUCUACAUGAACGGUUCUCAAAAAUUAAGGAUAAGACAACUGAAAAUAUGAAUGAAGUGAAAACACAUUUGGAUCCAGAAAUUCACAGGAGGAUUGACAUGUCUCUAGCAGAACUUCAGAACAAACGAACUGUGCCAUCUGAAUCUCCCCAGAACAUUUUAAGAGUGUUAGAAGAUCCAAAUGAUCUACGGCAUGAUAUAGAAAGGAGAAGAAAAGAGAGGCUGAAGAAUGAAGAUGAGAGAGUGUUUCAUUUAGAUGGUGUAACUCCAAGGAACCACGAAAGCUGCAGUCUUUCAAAAUUACACAACUCUCAACUUGAUGGCUUCCAAAAGCCUGUGAGGUUCAUUAAGCCACCUUUCAGAAAAUUUAUUGGGAAACCUCACCUGAAUUCUUACUAUUCUUCAAAACCAACUGAUACUUACCCUCACAGACGCAUUAGAGGACACCUUGAAAACACAGGACCCUUCAGAAGGCACUUUAAGAGCAACUUUGCAGAUGGCCGUUUGCAAUCCCAUUAUAAAUCAGGCUUAGUACAGAAGGGUUUAUAUAUUCAGGCUAAGUACCAGCGGUUACGUUCUGUUGGUGUAAGGGGAUUUACCACUAAUAAAUUCAGAGAUGGAUUUUUGAGGAAAGAAAAGGGAAAUUUAAAUAUUGCAACAGAAACCUGAACUGAGCUGUGAUCCUGAAGUUGAAACCAACAACACAGCAAAGGGAGCAUCUGUUCAUUUUUUGACAGUGUUGUCAAGACUUAAAAUAGGAUAAAGGAACUAACCCUAUAACUUUCUUGAUUAAAAAUAACUUUAUUUUUCAGUAGUGGAAUGCUGCAGAACUUUUUUACAGUUUUAAUAAUUGCUUUUAAACUACAGUAUUCAACUGAAACACAGUAGUAUGUACCUUUAGUUCCUUUUGCAUACCAGUGUCAAGUAAAGAAGUCAUCAGAGGGAGUCUUACUUAUUGAAUACUUUUUCUCUAAGCAUGAUGUUACAGAUGGAACUUGAGUUGUUAUACCCAGAGGUUUCUAUGUUGAAAGUUUCUUGCUUACGUAAUAAAAAAAAGGAAGGAAAAAAAAAGUGCCUGAAUUGUUUGGUAAUAGCACAUUAGCUCAGGAUUUUCCAAGUAAUGACCUUUUAGGUUGUGCAAUAGAUUUUACACCUUUGUUUAGCAUUGCUGUGAACCAGUAUUUUGUAUUACUUUAGUUUAAUAAUAUACUUGGGUUUCUGAUGUGUAUAUACAUUUGUAAAUUGUUAGAAUGUUGGGACAACUUUCAGUAUUUGAUUAAAAUGAAUGGUAACAGGCAGGUGUGUAAUGUACUGUAGCAGUAGCUUAUAACUGCACUGAAAGCAUGCUUAGGGUUGUUAGAGGAUUAGUUGGUCUGUAUUCAAAAUUAUUGUCUCAUUAUCUUUUGGGGUAUGACGUUCUUGACCAAGCCACAUGUUCUCUGAUCUUUUUUGUCAUAAAUGAUUUGAUGGUUUCCUGGAUUCUGAAAUUGAGGCCUGAAGUAUUUAAUUACAAGAAAAACAAAAACUGUAAGUUUUUCUAAGCAUGUCUUCUAAGAAAGCUGUUCAUAACUGAAACUGCUUUAAAUGCAGAUAGCUUAUCAUUUUGCUCAAAAUCCCAGUAAUUCUCUGAAGUUUACUGUACUGCAAUAUUGCUGUGCUGUGUGCGAAACUCAAAUAGAUGGACAUGUUUUAUAAGCAGCUAUAAACAAUAUUGUGCUUAUUUCCUGUUUAUAGCCUUUGCCUUAAUAUGUAAUAUAUGAUAGGGUUGUGUGUAUGUAUUACAGGUUUGUUCAGACUUUUCAUUACCAGUAAAUUAAAGAUGCAAAGCAAGUAGUUUUUAGAGAUGUUCUUAUUUAAGAAAAAAGCUAUUCACCAUAUCCACAAUAUAUACAGGCUUAUGUGUUUUCAUAAUUUCCAAGGCAGUGUUAGCUAUUCUAGAAUGCAGGCUAGUCUCAGUUGUGGAUAGUAGGUUGGAAUUCUGAUACUGGGUAGAAGUAUGUUCAGAGAAAAUGAAAUCUGGAUUUUGGGUAGAAAGCCAGGCUGUGAUUUCUGCAUGCCUUUUUGUAAUUUUUUUGCCACAAUGCCCUCAGCAGAGAGGCUAUUUGGAAGUGUAGGCAUGGCUUGGAUGAGUUAAAAUAGCGUCAUGUAAAUUCUUCAGUUCAUGGGGUUUACUGCUUAGUAUUCAUAGGGAGCAAGCAGGUAGGAAGUGUGCCACUUUCACUGAUGUUGUGGUCAUUCAGCAAUAAUACUGGAUAUUGGUUUCUAAACCCCAAAUUUUCAGUUUAAAUAACAAUGAUUCAGCUAGUUUUUCAGUAACUUUGACACACAUACACAAGAUGGGAAGCUAACUGAAAGGAAUUCAUUGGUCAAACUGAUGCAGGAAAAUUUCCACAGAUGAUAAAAUAUUUAUGCUGUCAGUGAUAAAUUGGGCAAAAACAUCUUGGGUAGAUUUACAGGGAGAGAAAAAUAAGGAAUUGAAACAAGGUUUAAGUGAGUCAACCCAAAGCCAAUGUGGAGUAGCUGCAGCUGAGCAGCCUGUUGGCAGGGGAGUGCUGCAGGUAGUCUGCAGAUGAGGGCAGUUUGCUGUCAAGCUAUUCCCGCUGCUCCUGAAUGUGCUAAAGCACUGUCAAACAUGUAAAAAGUGAAACCAUGUAUGAUAUAGGAUGAACUACUGAAUCUAUAUUGUCUUACUCAACAGGAUACUACUGUUUCUGUAAGCUUCCUGCAGUGUUCUUAUUAAAGCCUGGAAGAGAACUCGUGAUUGAGCAAAUGGAAAAGUGGAUACAUGAAGAAACUUCUGACAUGGCAGUUUUGCUAAAAUUGUUUAGAAGUAAUGCUGAAAUAGUCAGACUUUAGUCAAUUAAUGCUGCUUUAACCAGGUUUAAAAGUGUGACUGGCUCCUCUGAUUUUGUGCUCUUAUUUUACUUGUGCAUGACUGGGUAUCUCUAAUUUGUUUUGUAUUUGAACAAAUAGCUUUGUUUUGUAUUUCUACAACCGUGAGCAACAUAUUACAAGCAGGGUUUGUUGGCAUGUUACUGACCUUGACUUGUCCCCCUACUCCUUGCCCACCCUCGGUCACAAGAUGAAUGUCAUAUGAUAAAAUGUAGUAACUGUUUCAGUUGUUUUAGCUUUUAUUUAAUAUGAUGCCAUUUGCUCAAAUCACAUUAUUUACUGAUAGCUUUACUUUGCUAAUUUGGGAUUCUGAUAAAACUUCCUAUAUUUUAUAAAAAUCGUACAAAGGUUGAAUUCUGUGACUGGUUUAGGUGUUAGAGGCAUCAACUCUAUCUGGUAUGAGACAUUGCUAUGUUGAUUUAUCUUUGUGAAUUGGAGACUUGUGUCUAUAUACUCACACAAAUCGGCUUGCGUAUUCUUUUAAGUACAGAAAAGUUCUGUUGUACUGGAAUACGUUUGUUUGAGAGCAGUGUAUUGAAGUUACUGAUUGGGUUUUGAACACGCAAGAAAAGGUGUUAAGUAGAAGAAAGGUCAAUUUACUUGAAUAACUUGGUGCCUUUCUGUAUUGUGACUGCAUUGUAGAAAACACCUGUACAAAGACUCAAGUAAUAUCCUGGUUAUCACAUUGUUUCUAAUGGGAGCAUGGACUGGUACUGGAAUAACUACUUACUUAAAUAUGCGUGUAAGCCUCAGAAGGAAAACAGCGUUGCUUGUAUUAGUAAAGUCUGCCACUGUAUUUGCAUUGGAAGGGCAACUUAAAAAUGUGAUUGUCUAAGAGCUUUCUAGCUUUGUUUUAUGCUUUGAAAAUAUAAAUAUGAAUUGCGUUUUGGUUGACUUGAAAUGGCUGUUAAAUGCUCAUGUCACUCAAUUGUUCAUGUGAAAUGUUUUUCUAAUUGCUAUCCAAAAUGCAGUGGGUUUAAUGACUAGAGUCUUCCUUGUGUCUGAAAUAGUAAGUUGUGAUGUUAGCAUUUACAUUGAUGAUCCAUUUAAUCUCUACAUAGGUUUGUUAGAAUCCUCAUUUUAAACUUUGUGAUGAUGUGAGUUCACAAGGUUUAAAAAAUUCUGGGGCUAGUAAGAAGCAACACAUUGCAAGGCUUCUACAAGCCUGCCUUAACUCUAGUAAUUGUUUUCAUGCUUCACCUUACCUGAUGAAUAUAGUUGGUCUUGAGACCUGGAUAGAACUGUCUCAACUCAGGUAACUGAUAGCAGAGGAUGCGAGUAAAUUCAGCUGAUCACCAAUUGUGCUAGUGGUUUACUUGCUGCCUUCUCUCCCAGGGCCUCAGAGUGAAAUGCUGAAUUUUCUUUGUAUGAACUUAGUUGCUUUAAAAAUAAAACAAAAACCAAGAUGACACUUUAGUGGCAUUAUAAAAGGUGGGGUUCUCAAAACUCAGAAAGUCAUUUUCUGCCAUGUCUUGGAAAUGGAUAGUGAGAGUUGCUUGGAGGAGAAGAUUAAAGAUUAUUGCAAAGAGAGAGUUGAUUUCUCAGUGUUCACCUUAGAGACUGUAUAUAGAGGGAGUUCUUUAACUUCCGUGCUUUCCAAAGGGAUCUUUUCCUAUGCUGUGUAGAAACAUGCCUCUUGCCUUUAAGCAUUUGAACAGCCACCUGCAAAGUUUUCUACAGGAGAGCUCUCUAGAAGAAAGACUUUAGACUGGCAUCUGAAUGAACCUGGGGGUGAAGGAAUGUUUAUGCACAUUAUUCUGGCCCUUGACAGACUUCCAUUGCUGCAGGAUUUGAAGAUAGAGGUUCUUCAGCCUAUUUAGGAAGGAAAAAAAAAAGGCAAAAAAAGCCAUUUCAAGAUCAUCAAAAGCCUACUUGUAACACUUGACUCCUUAAUAGACCUUAACAAUAGUGAUGAACUUUUAAAGAGUGUUCUUUAAACUAAAUGUUCUUUAAGCUAAAUUUUCAGUGUCUAGAGCAGAGAAAAGCGCUGUUGUAACACCUGCCCUUUCCUUCCCUGCUUGAUGGGUUUUGCUGUUGGGAGGGUUUUGAGUGGGUAUUUAGCCACAUGGCUUAAUAGCUCUAUGCUGCUUGCCACUUGAAUACAGUUUUCUUCUGUUCACUGUUCAUUGAAUUUUGUGCAAGCAGUCUAAAUCUCAUGUUGUCUUUUAAUAUUUCAUUUUCUGUAAAUGUGGUAGAUGGCUUUCAUUUCUUGAUUGGCUUCUUAUUGUUGAGGGAAGAGACAGGGUGGAACCAGUUGUUUUGAGUAUGCUCUUCAUGAAAUAAAAAAGCUUCAUUAUUUUGUUAAGAGUAGUAGGAUUUUUUCCCCCCAGUUGAAUGAGGAUGUGGACUGAUGUCCACUUGUAAGGAAUAUAUUAGUGUUGAUGUUAUUUAUACUGUAGUUUCACAAGGACCUUCUAAUGUGUGUAUGUGCACAUGUGUACACAUACAAACACAGUACUGGAAACCUUUAAUGUAAUUAUUUCUAAGUGUGGAUAAGAAAUGACAUUUUUAAAUUACUGAAGAUGGAGUUAAAUGCAAAUGCAUUUUAAGUCUGUAGUCUUUGGCGUCUACAACGGUGCUUUUGACAAUGUUAUUCCAUAUCUAAAAUCCUCAUUCAUAAGUAUAUAUUAAGAUGUAGGUAUGUUUAUAUGUAUGUUUAACAUAGUUUAUAUAAAAUCAAUGUAAAUCUUGUUUCUACAGACAAUAAAUGUUUUCACAGAAUUUUUACUUCA